AUGGGUUCAGAACAUGAAAACUACUGUCGGAACCCACAUAACGACAAAGGAGGUCUUUGGUGUUACACGGUCAGCAGGAAAAUAAGAUGGCAGUACUGUAACGUUCCCAGAUGCGGUUCAAGUAAGCACCCACGUCCACGUUCUCCAAAGACAAAAACAACCGUCCAUACCACACAACAAACUACAGAAAUGUUGGGGAUUACCAAAGAUAUGACAAAUGUCAACGGCAUGAAUGUGAAUGAUAGAACUGGUAGACACCCUCCAGCUGCAGGUAAGAAGAUGGAGGGCAUUGUCAUAGGUGGCGUUGCAGUUCUUUUGGUGGUCUUUUCCAUUGCUGUACUCGUUCACAUAAGGCAAAAUUCAAUUGUGAAAAAGAAAAGGUGGCAGGCGAAACUCUCUGAAUAUGUGAUAAACAGAGACUUAAAUGGACCUUCUGUGGACAUUCAGGGGGAAAAACAUAUAUCUGCAUCAAAACAAACACAGGAAAACAUUGAAUUGAAUGAACAGAAAGGAGUGCCUAUUUAUGCUGUAGUCCAUAAACGAAACAAAGAUUCAAAUAUAAUUGAUAAAACUAAACGGUUUGCUAUUACUUCCGGCGAAUAUAGCCACACAUCAUUUAUCUUAGACAGAGAAGAAGCCAUUAUAAACAAGACCUAUGGGGCUUUACGAUUACACAAUGACGUCACAGACGAUCUUUAUGAUGUCGGAAAUUGUAAAAAAGUAAGAGAAAGUUCAAUGGAAGAAACUUACGACCAUUUUGUAAACCAUACAGACUCCAACUAUGAAAAUGUAGAACGUUAUUCUAAAUGGACAGAUGGAGUUGAUUAUUCAAACACGUCAACGCCAUCAAAAUCUUCAAAAUAAAUGGAUUGUCGGAAGAUAUAAGAUGACUUCCAAGGUUAAAAUUGUCUCAUUACGAUGAGAUUAUUUUUUUCAAUUUUUUUUAAUAAGAAAUUUUGAAGUGUUUAGUAACCCUGCUGUGAAGCAAGUAGGCAUGGUAUAAUUAUGAAUGAUUUACGCUAAUUUGCUACAGUCAGGGUUAAAAGCUACUCUAAAGCUUGUUUAUGGGGUUUAAGAUACAACAUAUGUUACCUAUGAACAAACAUCAGUCAAUGUAUCUUUUACUGUUUUGUCUCGAGUAGAUAAGAGGAGCAUUGGGGAUCGAUUGCCUUAAUUGAAAAAUACGAAUGCCGAAGAACAUCAGGAGACGAUACAAAUAAGUCAUGAAUGACAAAGUUUUCCGAAAUGACAUGACUUUUGUACAUUUAUACACGUAUAACAGACAAGUCGUAAAGGCAUUACAAACUCACAUAUAAAAUGAGAAUAAUAUUAGGUGAUCCGAAAGUUAUACAUAUGGACUUCCGAAUCAUAGUAUUCAUAUAUAUUUGUUUUCCUUUAAGUUGAUAUAUAGCUUAUCAUUUCAUAGAACCAUUUAUCAAACGAAGACCCCAGCAAGAUAUUUAACUCUUAGGGAACAUAUGA